AUGCCUUGCACGUGUCAACAGCAUCCGAACACGUUGAUGUGGAGUGCAACAGUUCAUAUUCGUGGAGGGUAUACGGUAAAGAUAGCUACGGCAGGGCUAAACAUAUUGUUCAAGCUUGCCAUGGAAGAUGGUAUGAACCCAAGUGUACUCGUGGCCUAUCGUCUCUUAUUCGCUACAAUUUUCAUGCUUCCUUUGUCCUUCAUAUUUCAAAGGAAGAGGAAGCCGGAGUUUACAUGGCGUCUGAUGUUACUAGCAUUACUCUCAGGGUUACUCGGUGUGGUAAUACCGAGUAUCCUAACCAUUGCGGGUCUGGCUCUAACGUCAGCAACAUUCACCUCCGCUGCUGGCGUUCUCACUCCAUUGAUCACUUUUAUCUUCGCUGCACUUCUUAGGAUGGAGAGUGUACGGCUUGGGUCGAGCGUAGGGUUGGCUAAGGUUUUUGGAACAUUGCUUGGUGUUGGUGGAGCUCUUGUUUUUAUAUUCUACAGAGGAAAAGAGAUUCAUCUAUGGUCAACUCACGUUAACCUAGUGACCCAACCACGUGAUGCUGCUACCACUCACCAUAUCUCUAUCUUUGGUGCUCUUCUAGUUUUUGGCGGUAACAUUUCCAUUGCACUUUGGUUUUUAUUGCAGGUUAAGAUAGGCAAAAUAUUCGGAGGGGCUUAUUGGAACGCGACACUAAUGAACAUGAUGGGAAGCAUAGUGGCUAUGCUUGUCGCUCUUUGCUGGAAACACGAUUUAAAUGAAUGGAGAUUAGGAUGGAAUAUUAGACUCUUAACCAUUGCGUAUGCGGCAAUUGUGAUUUCUGGGAUGGCGGUAGCUGUUAAUGCAUGGUGCGUCGAGUCUAGAGGGCCCCUAUUUGUAUCGGUAUUUAGCCCUGUAGGACUAGUGAUCGUAGCCGUUGUUGGAUCAUUUUUGCUAGAUGAAACACUUCAUCUUGGGAGCAUCAUUGGUACAGUGAUUAUCGUGGGAGGAUUAUAUCUUGUGCUAUGGGGUAAAAACAAGGAAAUGAAGAGUAUCGUUACGAUAACCUCGGGUCAUAUUGAAACAAAUAAGACUAGCAAAGACAACAUCCUCAACAGUCUUCCUACAUUAAGUACAAAUGUCCCUUGAAUCCUCCUCUUACAUAUCGACCAUCGAUCAAUUUAUAAUGCUCGUUAUAUAUUGAACAAGUGAGUGUUAACAGGAUUCUUCUAUCUAACGACGAUUUCGUAUAACCUUUGUAUGCCUUUGUUCUAUACCACAUUUAAAAAAAAU